GUGCUGUUUAAUCAUAUCGGUUCAACGACAUGAUGGAAUUUGAUGACAGUGAAAGUUUUUAUCCUCUCAUCUCGGAGGAAAACAUUUUACUGACAACGCCAAGGGAAUUAGAUUCUGAUGACAUAACAGACAUUGAAUUUGCUAUACCAUAUGAUUGUUCAAGUUGCAAAAAUAAUACAGCAGAGCUGAAGAGAUAUUUAAAGUGUCUUACAAGUGAAUCAUUACCCAGUGUUCCACACACAAUGGAGCUAUUUGAUCAAGUUUUUGUAAAAGGCCAUUUUCAACAGAAGAACAGGAAUAGUGCAUUUAUUUUGAUGAGGCAGUGGAUGAAUAUCAUUAGCAGUCCUGAUACCACAUUUGAUGCCAAAAGCAAGGCAGAAUACCGUCAGGACAUUGUUAAGUUUUUGGAAUUUAUCAAGUACUUUAUUGCAAGUGGUGCCAGCAGAAAUGUAUAUGAGGACUUGGUGAAGGAGAUCCAUGGUAUUCUACUGUACAGUGACAGACUGUCAGAAUUUGAACGGGAACUAUCAGACUGCAGUGAUCAUGAAGUCAACAAUUUCCACUCUUUUCUGGAUGUUUAUAUUGGUGUUCUUAAAGUUCUUCACAUAAUAGAAAUCAAAUCAACAGAUUUCACUAGCAACUGGUUCCCGAAACGAUGUGCACUGGGAAAUCAGUACGCAAACUCUGGUUCAAGCUUUGACUCAAUGGUUCAUCUGUUGGUGUGGGAGCUUAUUAUGCUGUCCAAGAAACUGUUUAAACAGUCCUCUCUCCAAGAACUACAGACAAAAUCUCCUUUUGUGUGUCCCUGUUUGUUAGAAGUGUGGAAACAUAUCAAAAUGUUGGUAGAUCAUGUGCAUCAGAAAAGCAAGGAAGAGUCCUUUUAUGAGCUUCUGUUUGAUAUUAUCAGAAGAAUUCUUCAACAACCUGAUCCUGCGAGUGGAGAUGAAGAGAUGGACUCUGAUGUUUACGAUUAUCCACCAAGGGAACUUUUUGUUGACAGUACUGGAGAAUUCUGUUUGUGGAUUCUGGUUCACAUAUCCAAAAUGGCUGGUCACAGCAUUCAACAGAGUUUAGGUCAAAAGAUGAAAGAGAUUAUUUCAACUGUUUUAAAAUCCUGUUUAUCAAAGGAUAACAUAACAGAGAGUCAGCUUCGAUUUGUGGUUGGUUUGUGUCAAGAUCUCCACACUGACACAAGAGCUGGUAUACUGAACAUUCUGUGGGAAUGUUUUUACAAGAAAAUGAAUAGCAGUUUUUUCUUGAACACAAGGAGCAUCGAUUCAGUGGGAAGACUAUGCAAAAGUGCAGGUCAGCAAUUAGAAUUGUGCACCAGAAUAAGCAAAGGGGAAAGCAGGUUGGAUGAUAACAGUUACAUAAGGUUUCUCUGCAUUCUCUGUAAAUCACUUCAGGAAAAGGGCAGUUUAUCCUCAGAAUGGAAACAGAUAAAAGGAAGGAUUUUCUCAAAGUUCCACAUUAGACGUAUGCAGGAGCUUACAGACACUGGGCUGCAUAACUUUUUUUGCCUCUUUUUGAGUUUGGCUCUAACAGCAGAUACUGAAGAAAUUAUCACCAGAAUGUGUAAGUUCAGUGAUAUGAUAUCCAGUAUGGAGGAUACUGCCCUCAGGGUUAGUCUGAUGAAGGGCCGCUUUGCAGCUGUAUUAUUGUACAUACAGAAAAACAUCAAUGUGACAAUGCUAUCAGAAAAAUUAGUAGAGGAUUUCAACAAGGCUGCCGUAAAAUUGGAACAGGAAGAAAUGAAGCAUUACAGUCACUGGACCGUGGUCUGUGCUUAUAUGGAACAUGUCGCUGAGGUGUUUGAAAGAAGUAGUGAUGUGGAACUGUCACAGUAUCUAUUUAUAGGGGAAGGUUUUGGAAAACUUCUUGACUCAUGUAGAAGCUCAGAAAUUAGUGGAAUAGUUACAACACUACAAGAAAUACUCAGCAAGUUUAGAGAUAUUGUCACAAGAGGUUUUAUCAUGACUGCACCAAACUCAGCUAUGUACUCUGAAGUGAUGACCAAUAUUUAUCCAUCACUGAAAACCCUGUGCUGUAGUCUAACAGCACCACAGCCCUGUGCUGACCUGCUAGCAGCACUGUGCUUAAUGUCCAUAGACUGUAAAACAGAUGAUUUUGUCAGCAUCUUGAAGUUUUCCGUAAGUGAACAAAUCAACAAAAGCAUAUCAAGUCGCUUCCUGUCCCAAGUUCUGUCUGUGAAUGGAUUUCUGAAGCAGUUGUCAGAGCACCUACCAUCUUAUGAGGUUACACUGAUGCAAGCAUGGGUUACCUCCUCAUUACUAGUGCCUCAGUCUCCUCUCAGGCUCAAAGAUUUUAUACAGCUACCAACUGUAAAAGAGAUGUUUACAGUCAGUGGAUUGGAGCCUGCAGAGGAUGGGCAGAUAACUCAUUUCAUACAGGCAAUCAAGAAAACAUAUGAUAAAACCACAGGUUGGAAGGAAAGGAUCUGUUUAAGAGACAAGGUGAUCCAGUUCUUUGUGGACAUCCCUAAACAGAUAGCACCAGUCAUGCAGUCUCUACAACCAGCAGAUAUCCUGAAGAAUGUGUAUGCUGUGCUGGGCUACCUGGUGAAGCACUGUGCUCCUGUCUUGUUUGUUCAGUCCAAGCCAGAUUGCCCCCUGCCUAACAUACUAGCAGCUCUGAUUGUCCCACACUUCAUGUAUAAUACAGACAAGCCCCCUAAAUCUGCUUUUGUCAACAUUGUAGGACAGUAUCUUCAUCAGUUUGUGAUAGGGCUGUCCAAGCUUGAUUACAGACGAUCUACUUAUGUCAACAGAAAACUCGGCGAUAUUGUGUCUAUAUAUCUACCUAAAUAUUGGAGCUCCUCUUUAGGUCCAGGAAGGCAACACCCACUUGUGUUAUCAUUAAAAGCCUCAUUCAUUAAGGAUUCACCAGAGAAUGAUGUGGCCUUCAGACAUUUUAUGCUGGAACUAGUUUGUGAGAAAUAUCUACAAUUUAAUCAACAGGCAUAUAACCCUAAUCAUCAAUAUGCUAUUAGGUUCCUCUUGGAAGUCGUGAAACUUACUACAGAACCUGAUGUCAUUGAGAGUGACUGUCGGAUUAUCCUGUAUCCCAUUCUGAAAGUGGAUCUAUUAGCUUCCACACACCAGUCAGAGCUUCUAAUACAGAGCAUCAUGGAGGCUGUGUGUACAAGUCAACAGAACAAGGACAUAUCUAACAUAUGUGCCAUCUUGUCCAAAUUUAUCAAUGAUCACAAGAAAGGCCACCUGGAAACUAUAUUCAGCACAUUACAGAAACUUCCUCAAAGCUGUUGCCCCUACAUCUCGCAAAUUGGCCCCCAGCUACAGCACUGCUUGAUUGAAAAUGAGUCCUUCAGGGGUGUAGGAAGGGAUAACACUGUCAGAUCAAAGUAUUAUCAGUUGUUGAAGUACUUUAAAGUUGAAGGAUCAUGAGAGUUCCGAGUAAAUUGCUUUCACUUGGAAAACUAUUGAGAAGGUGCCAUUUUGAAAACAUUAAAGUUGUUUAUAGAUUGGAAAUGAUGUGAACUUGGUGAGUCAGUACUUUCAUGGAUGUGUCUGUGAUAUUUUAUGGAUCAAGAACAAACACGAAGUCAGUAAAAGAAACAAUUAAUUGAAGAGUUAUAAUGUAAUUAAGAAAAGUGGGGUUUUUUUACAACAGAAAUGAAAAAGUGUUUGGAAUAGUUCAGACAACAUUCGAUUUUAUUAGAAGGGUAUAAUAUGAAUUUUUAAGUUCAUACAAUAAAUUCUCAAUUCAUUCUUUUUUC